AUGUCCCACAUUCCCGACAAUCGCACGCUCGCCGACGCCAAGAAGCAGAAGCAUGUCGACGUGCCGCCCGACCUGGUGGACCUGCACUGCUUCACCGAGACAGGCGGCGUGCUCACGACGACCAUGCUUGACGUGCCGGCGUACCGCGUCGUGCGGGUUCUGGGCGCCGUGUACGGGCUGACGGUGCGGUCGCGCAACUGGGCUGCCGGGAUCGGCAUGGUUCUCAAGAGCAUCGCCGGCGGCGAGCUGCGUUGGUUCACCAACUUGCUCUACAACGCCCGCAACGACGCCAUCAGCCGCCUCGUGGCCGAGGCCCAGAGCCGCGGCGGCAACGCCAUCAUCGGGCUGCGCUUCGACGCCGGCGAGCACGGCGGCUUCGCCCAGGUCUGCGCGUACGGCACCGCCGCCUACAUUGAAAAGCUCGAGGGCGGCUCCGAGACGCACCCGCAGCUGCUGGGCAAGACUGCGUGA